AUGACCACGCCCAGAUUGCAGGCUGCGUACCAUGAGUGUCUAUUGAGACCGUAUCUUGUACAUUACACAUAUAUCAUCCACUGCCAUUGCGGAAUUAAACGGCUCUAUCCUCAUUCACCGCAACCGUUCCAUCUCAACUUAAUCGCCCUCAUUCAUCGCAGCCGCAGUCAUCGAUCGAUCGCAUUCAGCUCAUCGGUCGCAACCCGCUCCAUCCUCUUUCGUCUCCCUGUCUUCGGUACCAAAGCAAUCGCAUUCUCGCCUUGCCUUCUCCCCCAUCAUCGUCUUUUUACGAGCUAUGGCGACACCGGAGUUUCCUUCUUUCUCGCGCCUUCCUACGAGAUCCGCCUCAUGAUCUGGAAAGCUGCUCUUCCCGACCCGAUCGGCGACCCUCUGUUAUUCUGGAUAGAAACAACCAUGUGGACUCCAGGGGGAGGCAUGACUGCCUUGGGCGAUAACUACAUCCAGUCGGGUGACGUAUGCUAUCCCAAGGUCGACUCUCCGCUCCUACAGGUGAGCAAAGAGGCACGAGAGGUCACCAAAAGAUGGAUACAACGACAGCCUGGUGGAAACACAGACAACAACACUUUCAUCCGUCGAUUUCAUCAUGGACAUCACAACCUCUGCUGCCCCGAGGAACAGUCCUCGCCGUUCCUGUCGAUAGUGGAUGGUGGCAGAUUUACCGAGGGUUCUUCGCGGGGAAAUGCCUACGAGAAUGCAGACAAACUGCUCCGGCAUAUUACAAGUUGCGAGUUUACAUAUAUUGAGCAUAGGCACUGGGAUUCUCGGGAUCCCGAAGAAUUCCAGAUUCACUUCGCCCGUAUUGUGGGGAAGAAUGCCGGAUAUGCAUCAUGUUACAAGAACAAAUACAAGCUGGGUGACCGUGGGUCCAAAUUAUCAGCACCCGACGAGGAAAAUCUCGGUCACAACUAG